UUUUAUGUAUAAAAAGUACUUAGAUAUUUAAGAUUUUCAAUAAAGUGUAACAAAAUCAUGGAAUAUACGCAAUUUGUAGAAACCAAGACUAUAAUACAUUUUCCAUAUUCUACAGAAUCUUUCUUCAUAUUGAAGCUGCAGAUACAAUAUUUCUUAGCAUUAUGAAAGUUGAAAUGUCUCUCUGCUCACUCUACCUGCCUACUGCAAAGAUUUUUUUAAAAUAGGAAAAUACGAAACAUUGGAUUUUCGUUUUGCAAUCUAUUUUAGAAGUGUGCUGAUUUACAUAAUGCGCAGUUAAUAUCCAAGCUGCAUACAUUUAAAUAAAUUGGGGAUAUGAAAUAUUCUUUAGCUGUUCGAUUCAAGGAACUGAGUUGUCUCAUACAUUAACUAAUAGUGUUUUGUGUAACUAUGUAAAUGAUAAAAGUUAAAUUAAGUGUAUAUUAGUGCUAAGGUGUAUGAUUUAGCAGGAGACAUUGGGGUAAGCCUUUGUGUAUAACAUGGGACGUUAAAGAUCCUUUAGGUAUAAUGGAGAAAAUAGGUAGGUAGGGUGAAUUGCAUGACUAUUAUAGUGCCUGCCCUUUUGCUUCGUAUUUAAAGAAGAGUCUGUGCUAGUGACUUGGAAACACAUCCAAGCUUUCGUUUCUUCUUGAGCAAUUCUAAAUGCACAAGCAGCAAAAAUGGCAUAACUAGAAAAGUUUUUUUUCAAAAGCUUUUUUAAGAAAAAUUAUGUUGGAUCAAAGGAAGGCGUAGGGUAGUAAUUUGGCUAUGGGAUUUUGUUACUUGUGUGAAGUAAGAUAUGAGAAGGUUAUUGGUUAUUUUGAAUAUGAUUUUUGCUUGUGGCAUGCAUCUUUCAGGAUCAGACAAAUAAUGGAAAUGGCUCUAUGUGUAAAGCAACCGUUUGGAAUGGGGAAUGACUAUUUACUGCUUUAUUCUGAGAUUAUUUUGUUGCAGGACAUACAUAGAUACCCAUGAAAGUACUGCCCAUCUAUAUCAAGUGCCAACAGCAUUUCAACUUGAUUCAUUGGUAGCAGAGUGAGUCGAGAACUAUCAUACACGCGAGAGAAGAUAGGAGAAGAGGCCAUGUUCAAUCCACAGAUCAUGAUUCAAACACCACCUGAGGAAGGUGCUAAUAUUCUAACAGUUGAAGCACUGCAGCAACACCUUGACUCUGCACUUAAAGCCAGCAGAGUGCAAGUUUAUUUGUACAACAAACAGUGGACCUUAGACCACUUGUGUUAUAAAUCAGGAGCACUUGUAACAGAAACAGGUUGGAUGGACCAGCUUAUCGAAAAAUUGUAUCCCUGUCUAAUAAUCACACCUUUGGACUGUUUCUGGGAAGGUGCUAAAUUACAAUUAGGCACAGUCUACCUACCAGGGAAGCCACAGUUGCAAUGGACAAAUCUUGACCCCUUAGAAUUCCUUGAGGAGUUAAAGAACUUAAAGCAUGAGGUGGAUAUUUGGGAAGAAAUGUUGACCAAGGCUGGUGUGGGACAUGGUUACAUGGAUCGCCCUUGCCUGAACCCCGCAGAUCCUGACUGCCCACAUACUGCCCCUAACAAGAACUCAACAACACCUCUUAAUAUUGCCCAUAUACUAAGUGGUGGCUGCCAAGGCCUGUCUAAAAAGUACAUGCAUUGGCAAGAGGAGCUAAUAUUAGGAGGUACCACCAAGAACAGCAGUGGAAAACUCCGCAGUGCCCAAGCUUUCCAGAGCAUGUUUCAUUUAAUGACCCCCAAGCAGAUGUACGAGCAUUUCAAGGGUUAUUACUACGUUUCGGAUAUCAACUGGAAUCUGGACAAAGCUGCAGCCAUUCUAGAAGCCUGGCAAAGGAAAUACGUUGAGGUUGUCCAUCAAAGUGUUGCACAGAAUUCAACCCACAAGGUUCUUUCGUUCUCUACUACCACCCUUGAGGACAUCCUCAAGUCAUUUUCCAAUGUCAGUGUUAUAAGAGUUGCUGGUGGCUAUCUAUUAAUGCUUGCCUAUGCCUGUUUAACCAUGCUGCGAUGGGACUGUGCUAAGUCCCAGGGUGCUGUUGGGCUAGCAGGUGUUUUGUUGGUUGCACUGUCAGUGGCUGCAGGAUUGGGCCUUUGUUCGUUAAUUGGAAUUUCAUUUAAUGCUGCAACAACUCAGGAACCCCAGUGGAUCUCCGGACAGAAGGCCAGAGAAUGGGGUGGAACCUGGUGCGUCUUGAGAUUCCGUCCCAUAUUUCAGGUUUUGCCCUUUCUUGCUCUUGGUGUUGGUGUGGAUGAUGUCUUCCUCUUAGCACAUGCAUUCAGUGAAACGGGACACAAUAAAAGAAUUCCAUUUGAGGACCGAACAGGAGAAUGUUUAAAGAGAACUGGAGCAAGUGUGGCCCUUACCUCAAUCAGCAAUGUGACUGCCUUUUUUAUGGCUGCUUUAAUACCCAUCCCUGCCCUACGAGCAUUUUCCUUGCAAGCUGCUGUUGUUGUGGUCUUUAACUUUGCUAUGGUUCUUCUCAUCUUCCCUGCCAUUCUCAGCAUGGAUCUUUAUCGGAGGGAGGAGAGGAAGCUCGACAUCCUUUGCUGUUUUACAAGCCCUUGUGCCAACCGAGUGAUUCAGAUUGAGCCGCAAGCUUAUAGAGAUACGAAUGACAACCAUCCUCGUCAACCAGCACCACCACCCCCUUAUGUUAAUCAAAACUUUACCCAUGAAACCCAAAUUACCAUGCAGUCUACAGUCCAGCUGCGCACAGAAUAUGAUCCUCAUACCCAGGCGUACUAUACAACUGCAGAACCUCGUUCUGAGAUUUCCGUUCAGCCGGUCACUCCGUCUACGCAGGAUUCACUUACCACUCAGAGUCCAGAUACCGCCAGUUCAACACGGGAUCUUCUGUCCCAGUUUACAGAGCCCAGUACUAACUGUGUAGAUCCACCCUGCACUAAGUGGACUCUCUCUUCUUUUGCCGAAAAACAUUAUGCACUGCUAUUGCUAAAACCCACAACAAAGAUUGCAGUCAUAUUACUCUUCUUGGGUUUACUUGGGAUCAGUCUGUAUGGAACAACAACAGUCAGAGAUGGACUGGAUCUUACAGAUAUUGUGCCUCGUGACACACGAGAAUAUGACUUUAUUGCAGCACAGUUUAAAUACUUUUCUUUCUACAACAUGUACAUCGUAACUAAAGAAGAAACAGACUAUCCAAAUGCUCAAUAUCUGCUGUAUAAUCUGCACAAAAGCUUCAGAAAUGUGAAAUUUGUUUUAUUGGAAGAAAAUGGAGAACUUCCAAGAAUGUGGCUGCACUAUUUUUGUGACUGGUUACAAGGUCUGCAAGACACCUUUGAUAGGGAAUGGAAAGCUGGAAAGAUUACUCACAACAAUUACAAAAAUGGGUCUGAUGAUGGUGUUCUGGCAUACAAGUUGUUAAUUCAGACUGGCAAUAGGCACAAGCCAAUUGACUUAAGUCAGUUGACCAGACAGCGAUUAGUGAGUGCUGAUGGAAUCAUCAACCCCAAUGCUUUUUACAUCUACCUGACAGCUUGGGUCAGCAAUGACCCUGUGGCAUACGCUGCCUCUCAAGCAAACAUCCGGCCACAUCCUCCUGAAUGGGUUCAUGAUAAAGUGGACAACAGGCCUGAAACUGCACUUAGAAUUCCAGCAGCUGAGCCGAUUGAAUAUGCCCAGUUCCCUUUCUACCUCAAUGUACUGCGUGAAACAUCGGACUUUGUGGAAGCUAUUGAGAAAGUCAGAAAUAUCUGCAGCAACUUCACUAACCAAGGACUUGCCAGUUAUCCAAAUGGCUAUCCAUUUCUCUUCUGGGAACAAUACAUUGGACUCCGACAUUGGUUGCUGCUGGCCAUCAGCGUAGUCUUGGCAUGCACUUUCCUGGUGUGUGCCCUUUUCCUGUUGAACCCGUGGACGGCUGGGAUCAUUGUAUUGGUUCUAGCACUGAUGACAGUGGAACUUUUUGGAAUGAUGGGUCUCAUUGGAAUAAAGCUGAGUGCAGUUCCUGUAGUGAUCCUUAUUGCCUCUGUUGGAAUUGGAGUGGAAUUCACCGUUCAUGUAGCUUUGGCUUUUUUAACAGCGAUAGGAGACAAAAACAGGCGGGUAGUUCUUGCACUAGAGCAAAUGUUUGCACCUGUGCUAGACGGAGCUGUGUCAACACUUCUUGGAGUUCUCAUGCUUGCCGGUUCUGAAUUUGACUUUAUUGUACGGUACUUCUUUGCAGUCCUAGCUAUCUUAACCAUUCUGGGUGUUCUCAAUGGGUUAGUCUUGCUUCCAGUGCUGCUGUCUUACUUUGGACCACUUCCAGAGAUCUCACCUUCCGAAGGAAGAACAAAGUUGCCUACUCCAUCACCAGAGCCACCACCUCGAGUUGUGAGAUUUGCAGUUCCACCUGAACAAGGGACUAAUGGAUCCGAUUCUUCAGAUUCUGAAUUCAGCUCUCAAACUACAGUUUCUGGGAUUAGUGAAGAACUCAAGCAUUAUGAAUCCAGCCUCAGUGCUUCAGCACCACCCCAUCAAAUCAUGGUGGAAGCCACAGAAAACCCUGUCUUCCCUAGAUCUGCAGUUGUUCAGCCAGAAUCCAGAUUCCAUCGGCCAAGACCAAGGCCGCCACCUGCACAGAACAUCAAACAUCAGCAAUCCCGGAGGAGUUGCAGGGACCACAGUUCGGAGGCAAGGGAAGGGUUUCGACCACCUCCUUACAGACCGCGUGUGGAUGCUUUUGAAACUGCUCACGAUGGGCAUUCCAGAAUAAACAAUCAUGAUUAUUCGAGUCAUAGAUCACAUUUUCAUAAGACAAGGAAUCCAACGUUCACUGCCAGUGGUGUUUCUGCACCAACAUACUGCCAGCCUAUCACCACUGUGACUGCUACGGCCUCAGUUACAGUUGCUGUCCAUCCUCCAAUCCCCAGCCAAAAUGCAUUUGGAGGAUGCCCCCAUUACGAGGAAUACAGUGAAACUGAUGAAGGAGCAUUUGUUGAUCCUCAUGUGCCCUUUGAUGCACAUUAUGAAAGAGACUCAAAGGUGGAAGUUUUAGAGUUGGAGGACGUUGAAUGUGAAACACAGAGCAAUGGAAACAAAACGCAUUAGAAUGGAAUUUUUGAUAUGGCCAAAGAUGGGAAAACAAUUAAUUUGCAUAGUCUGAUCCUGAAAGCUACAGGCUAUGAACACAGGCGAUCUUGAAUUGUGAAAACAGUUUACUGUAACUGUUAAUCUAUUGUAUUUGUUAAAUAUUGCUUCUCUAUAAUAUUUAAAGGAUGUAUACAUAUGUAUUAUACAAAUGUACAAUGUAAAGUAGGUAUAAUUUUGCGAGUUGUAAAACUCCAGUAAAUGGAUUGGGAACAAUUUUAUGUGAUCCAUAUGUUAUGUACAUUGAUCUGUUUAUCUGUGCCACAUUUAAGCUUAACUUAGUCAUAAAUGUCAGCAUAUGUUGCUGCUGCUUGAAAUAUUGUAUAAUUGUAUAAUUAUUCUAUGCAAAUAUUGCUCAUGUGAUAGGAUUUUGUAAAGGUACACAUUUUGUUAAAAUAUUUUAAUUUUGUAUAUCACAGAUCUGUGGUAGUAUAAAAUGUCACUGUUAACUUACAAACACGCUAUGCGUGGUUCAUGACCAGAUAUGAAGAAAAGCACGUUAAUCUUUAUGACCUUGAUAGUUGUAGUUAUUUGAUUCUUUUUGUGGUGUAUUAUACAUGUCCAUGUUGUUUUAAUUUAACCCUUAGUGUGUGUAUGUGUAUAUUUAUUGACACCCUCAGAUGCUUUGAAUGAUAAACUGUAUCUGCAGUUUCUAACUGUCAUACUAACAAAGCGACAGUUUUUAAUUUUUUUUAUUUAUUGUCAAUCUAUGUUUUUGCAAAAUUCCCACCAAUAAGCUCAUACACUGUUUUCUUUAGCAAAGAUUUGUAUAUUUGUAAAAAUACAUCCAGUCAAGUGAACUUGUGAAAGGAGGUUUAACUGCAGUUCCAUCUUUAUUUGUAAAUAUGUAGAGAGGCACACAGGAACUAUGCCUUCAAAACACUGGUUUAUAUUAAUGUUAAGUUCAUCUACUGUAAUACAUGUUUGGCAUCAUUGUACUCAAACCAAGUGGGUAGACAAGGUCAUAAUUUUCCAACAGCAACCUCAAUUAAUUUUUUAUACAUGUAAAUAUAAUAUAUGAAAGAAUUACGAACAUUUCCUACAUUCCAACAGCAGUUGCACUUCGAAUAUAUUUAUUUGGCUAUAGUGUUAGGGAUCUGUGGAUCAUGACCUCUAGUAUCUCAUUUUCUUUCUGUUGAAUAUUCUGAAAUCAAAUUAACAAAAACUUGAAGCACAAUCGUCAGUUAAUAAUUAUAUAGGUGCCUCAUUUAGAUUUUUUAAUAUGGUCAAUGAACGCUGAAGGGGGAAAAAAUUCCUCUGUAAUAUUUGUAACAGACAUCCACAUAAAAUUCAUAUGUGAAUGCUUUUAUGAAUUCUUUAACAAUGAUAUAAUCAGAUGUAUUGAGAUAACAGACAAAGAAAUUCUAUACAACUAACAAAUGUUCAUCAUGAGAUUUCAUAUGUUCAAUAUUGGAUCUACCACCAUUUAUGUAUUUCCCUAACUUGAAUCUAUGGAAAGGAAAAUUAGGAAAGCUUUAUAAUGAACAGCCAAUUUUAAUGCUAACACCAAAAGUUCGAUUUGAAUUUUGCAUAUCUUUUUCAAUUAUGCCACUUUGAUUGAAGUAACAGAUGAUGCCAAAUUGUGUUUCAGAUAAGCUAAGUUUGUCUUCUCUUUUAAAUGUUGGGAAAAAAAGCUACUGCAAAUAGCACACUAAGGGUUAACCUUAAUUGCCUUUUUAAUAUAUUGAAAGAACGUCUGGCAUUGAAAUGUGUGAUAUUCUAUAUGGCACUUGCAGUGACCCAUUAUCAUCCAGAAUUCACAAAAAAAAUGUAUGGUGUUAAUUGGAACUAACUUCAGCUGCCAUAGUAUAAAUGGUGUCAAAAGUUCAGAGUGGCUUCCCACUGCUUUUGCUUUGGUGUACAUCAAUUCUCACCAGCUAUUCCCCCCCCCCCCCCCAUUUGUUAAAUAGCACAGAGUCUAUCGAAAGCAGAUAUGUGUUUAUGUAUUUUCUCCUCUCCCUCCUCCACUAUCUGCUGCUUCUGCACAAUGUAGACAUUUUCUCCUGUAGUCAUACUGGCAAAGGGAGAAUUUCUCAAUGGCUGGCAACUAUGUUUUUAAGAAAAAAUGUAUUUUUGUGAUAUUUAUAUUUUUGUAUCAUAAGAUUGUUUCUUACAGAAUUUGUAUGCCAGUUUAUAACAAAAAUGCAGGGAUUUUUCUGUUUGAAACAUUAUUACAGUAAUGUUUUACUUUGUAAUGGAUUUUUAAUCUGUAUAAAGUGCUUACUAAUGUUAAUAACUAAAUAGGAAAGAUAUAUAACAGUUACAUUAAGAACGUAGAUUUUAGUAUGAGGAUGCAAAAGGAAAAAUAUUCAAACUGGGUUUCAUUGCCUGCCAGUGUCGGUAGGAGUGAGUUUGUUUCAUUUCAGUUACAAAGAUAAAUGUAUGCCAUAUAAUUUAUUUAUAUGAAAAUUUAUUUUUGUAGUGUACAUAGUAGUCAUCAAGUCUUUUGACAGAAGUAUAUUUUUAAAGAGUUUAUAUGUAAUGAUGCCAUUGUGUUGGAUCAUAACUGAGACCGUUUCAGUGCACACUUUCAUUAUAACUUACAAUUGGAGAAGAUGUUUUACAGUGUUAAAAAAGAAAGCAACUAUUCUAAAUGUUACUUAAUUUGGUUUCAAUUUCCAUGGAAAACGUGCCUUGUUAAUUUUAUCCAUUUUACAUCAUGGGAAAUGGAUAUUGUGCAAGCUCCCUAAAUAUUAAUGUUCAAACACUGAUAGAAUUUCUAACAAAUAAAAAUAA